AUGAUAUUCGUGUUCUUCUUCUGCAUCGUUAGCGUGAUACUAUGGGGUGUCUUCAUAACAACUGGCUACCUCUGCUACAUCGUCCGACAUUCCAAUCGAGGACACAGGAAGCACCUGCUCGACCCUAAGGUCGGCACUGUAUCGCUUUGUUGUGUUCUUGGUUCUGGAGGCCAUACUACUGAAAUGCUGGAGCUGCUGAAGCACAUGGGAAGUCAAUAUACCCCGCGUUGGUACGUCGUAGCAGACACGGAUCACAUGAGCAAAGACAAGGUUGGGUUUUCUGCAGUUUCGUUCGAAAAGUCUCUGUUUGCAUGA